CCCCCCCCGUUCUUCUUCUCCACCCCAUCCCCGACACGCGCGCCUCCGUACUUGCCAUCUGAGAUCUCUCCCCUGUGCCUCGCCCUCCCUGUCCUUGCCUCCUCCGGCCCCCUUCCGCCUUCUCUCCACCCAUCGCACCCUGCUGACACGAUCAGCCUCCACCACUCAUCGCACACGCGCCCCUGUGUACACUCGCGCAGCACGCACACUCCGCUGCGCCAAGAGACGAUGUCGGCCCUCUAUAAGAAGAAUCACCAACGCCUGGUCCUCGCGGUGCUCCCCCCGAAGGGGGAGCCAAAGAGCCACAUGGAUGAGACCCAGCUGGCCCAGCUGGUCCACUAUGCAUCCACCCGGCCGGAGAAGUUGUCCCGGCUGAUGCUCUUCAUCCAGGCGAGCCUGUUCAAGAGCCACCGUGCCCGUGAGCUGCCCAUCACCGAGACCUAUGUCCAUAUGAUCAAUGCCAUCGUGGCCAAGACCGCCGCCAGCUACGGCUCCAUCUACGGCAAGCAGAUCCUGGAGGUGAUCUGCUACCUGCUCCGGUGCAUGUCGGCCGAUGGUCUGCCGCUGCCCAGCUCGGCCACAUCCGACAUCCCGCUGGAGGAUGUCCGCAUGGCCACGUCGUUGCUCCUCCCCUUGGUGGCGGUCCGCGUGCCGGCCAGCGAGGACCCGCUGCUCCAGUCGAACUUUGCUCCCUUCAUCGAGCGGCUGAUUGCCAGCUACACGGCGCUGCUAAACCGCCCGGCGGCCCCGACGGCCAAUGACCGGGCCAUUUCGCGCCUGGCUCUGACGGCCCUGCGUGCCAUCUGCCUUGGGGCUGCCUCGCCUCUGCGGCGCAACGACACCCCGGUCAUCUAUGGCCGUGUGGUGUCGGCCCUGAUGGGGGUCGUGUGGGACGCGGCCCAUAGCUCGGCCAAUGCUCGCCUCUUCCAGGGCACCGUAGCGGCCAUCGGCGCCGAAGGGGCCGCUGGCAACUUCUCGGAGACCAACUCGACCCUUACCGAGCUCCAUCGCCGCAUGCUCGGGUACCACGCGCUGCGGACCCUGCAACACCUGGCCAGCCAGUCCGAUGUGACCACCAUCAAGUGGCUGCUGGACCCGACCGUGGCCUGGCUCGAGGAUCUGGCCAACUGGGACCGGCCGCGCGGCUUUGCUGCCCAUCUGAUCGCCCAGUACCAGAAGUCCCUCGGUGGAUGCUUCGAUGCGAUAAUCCCGCCGGUUUACGGCAAGGCCAUGGAGUCGCCGGCGUCCUUCGCCCUGCCGCAAACCGAAGACCAUUUGCUGUGCCUGGCGGACCUUGGUGGGGAGGAGCCGGCCCGGGGUGAGUACCAGUGGGUUGUCCUGCUGGUGAGUGAUACCCUGAGCGCCGACCGGUCGCCCCUUUCCUCGGCCAGCAGCGUGCGGUCCUUCGGCAGUAGUUCCUCGGAGACCGGUGUCGGAGGCCACGGCGUCAACCCAUCGCCGAUGCAGCUGCCGCCGACCUACGCCAAUCCGUUAUGGGCGGAACAUCAGGAGCCAACGGUCAACAUACUGUGCUGGUUCCUGCUGUCGCUGGUUGAAUUGCUGAUUCACUAUGUUGGCACCCUGCCCGACCGGCUGGCCUGCUCAUUGUCAGCCCUUUGCAUCAUAAUGGCCCUGACUGGCACCGAGUUGGAUGCGGCCAUCGGGGUCACUCCUCACGACUGGUGCAGCCCGCUGCCGAGCUCGGCCAGCCAGCUCUUCAGCCUGACGGUGGGGAAUCUCUCGAGCCGGAACUUUGCCGCUCGGAGUUGCACGCAUGCGCUGCUGCACGAGCUCCUCCGCUCGAUGAGCGAUGCGAUGCCAGACGGCCAGCGCCCGGAGCAGCCGGUGCUGGACGCCUUUGCCAAGGCACAUGGCGCGCGCUUGCUCGUGUCCCUGACGUCGGUCUUCAGUCGGGAGCUGACCCUCACUUCGGGUCCGGCUUCCGGGGCGGAUCCCCUGUCGGUGGGCGACAUCCUUGGCCUUGCGGUGGCCUUGGCCGACUACACCGGGCUGCAGGCGGCGGCCGCGGCGUCCGAUGGUACGGGCGACCCGGCGGGCCUGUCUGCGGCGGGCGGGCUGGCUGUGGCCUGUGUGGUGGCGGCACUGGCCGCGACGGCCGACUCGGCGUCCACCUCGCUCUCGGCCCGGGCGGGGCACACGCGCAACCUCCUGGCUCUGGUUGCGUGUCUGUACCUGAGCCGGCUGGGCGCUCUGGUGCCGGCCACGGUGUGCCCCGUGCCGACGGGUGUCCAGGCGCAGUUGGUCCAGGCCACCGGGGCGGCGGUGGAUCUGGCCGCGCUGGCUGCCGCCCUGCCGGAGUUUGAGGCAUACCUGACUGAUGUGGGCGUCGCCCUGCCGGUGGUUGCUGGCACGGAUUUCGCCCCGCAGGAUGUGACUGCCUCGGCCCCCUUGGUUCCGUUUGAUUGGGUGGGUCUGGCGUCGGCGCUGGCCUGCUCGGCCGAUGAGCUCGGCACCGCGGAGGCCGGCCCGCUGUCCCACUCGGACGAGGCGCGUCUGGUUCUCGCGGCGCUGGUGACCAAGACUCGGCCGGAGUUCCGGGCUUCGGCUUCGGGGGCCACUCUUUCCCGGCGGACCAGCCUGUACAGCAUGUUCGGCGCGCCGGUCGCGGCGACGGCCACCGGCCCGAAGGGCCUUGACAGCAACCGCCUCACCAUCAGCAUGCCACGCAUGAGCACCAUGCUUUUGGCCACGGCUGGCCCGGGGCCGUCGGCUCCGGCGGCCAAGCUGACCCAGCGAGCGGCCUCCAGCGUGACGCUGGCCGCCGCCACAGCGGCCGUGGCCAAGUCCGGGCCCACUCGGCAGAACACCAAUAAUACGGCCGAGGUGAAGUUUGUGGCUUAUGAGCAGCUGGCCAAGUCCUUCGCCGGCGAGGCGCCCCAUGCGCAUGUGGCUCUAUCUCCGACCAGCUCGGUGCUGGCGGCCGGUGCGGCUGGCACCGACAUCACCUCGCUGCUGGACUUUGUUGGCUUGGACCAGGGUCUCUGGUCGGCGUCUGAAAUGUUCGGCAAUGGUAGCCAGCCUAAGUCUGGUGCCGGGGCCGCUGAGGCCAGUCCCGAGGCCGCCGAGGCCAGUCCCGAGGCCGCUGAGGCUGACCCCGGGGCCGGUGUCGAGGUUGUUGAAGCUGACGUCGAGGCCGUCGAGACCGCCGAGACCUCUGCCGAAGUCGGGGCGAUUGGGGAAGUCGAGGACAAUGCCCACACCGAGGAUGAGGCCGCGACGGCCGACGAGCAACCCGAGCAGGAAGAGGAGACCUCGGCCUUGCAACUCCCGGAGGUGUCCCUCGAAGCCGGGGCGGAGACCGAUGCCUGUGAGGAGGCCAUGCAGACGCUGCCGCCGGCCGAGGCCACGAAAGCCACCGACGUGCCGGCUGCCGAUGAGCCGGUGACCGCCGAGCAGCACCAGGACGCCGCGGCCGCCGCCGCCACCACCGACGACGAGGAGGAGGUGGGGGCCACUGCCGGGACCACCCAGCCCGAGGAGGUGGCCGACAGCGACGCCGACACGGCCGGGUCCUCUUGCGGCGCGUCCUCCAGUGACUCUUCGGAUGCCGGGUCGACUGCUUCCUCAUCCGGCGAUGAGGAGCAGGAGGAGCAGGAGCAGGCCGCUGAUGAGGAUGAGGCUGUCUCUGGGGCCGACGCGGCCAUCGCCCUGCUGGAUGCGGCGGAUGAGGCCUUCGAGGAGGAGCAGCGCGCCGCUGGGGCCAAUGUUUAA